AAUAUUUAGCACUAGUGAACGUUAUUUAGUAGGUGCAAUGGCUCGAGUUUAUGCCAAUAGCGUUUCAGAACUGCUCGGUAGAGUUCACACUCUACUAAAGGGAAAAUAUAUGUUCAGUGCGCUAUUUAGCUAUGCUUUUAACUCUAUCAUCAUCCCACUUCUUGCUUCUUUAUUUUUUACUACUUUGAAGCUUUACCUUUUAGAUCCUUUAUAUGAUUUAAGCCAAAAAACUACCCAUAUGUAGCGAAACUUCAAACUUUAGAGGGGCUAAAAUUUAACUUUUCCCGAAAAACUUUUCUUAAAAAAGAGAGGGGGGAGGAAAACUUCCCUCUUAAAAUUGAGAAACUUUUGUUUAAAUUGAGAGACUUUUUAGUUCGGGACUUUAUUAAAAGUUGGUAUUCCCAUCUUACCUGCGACCGAGUACUAACGGAAGAGGUUAAGCAUGUACUUGAUGCAUUUUGUUUUAACUUUAUUCUUACAAUUAAGAGUUGUAGGCACGACAUUCCAGCCGUGUUGCUGGAACUUUUGCUCAAAGCUUCUCUUAUUCAAGUUCAAGAACUCCGAGAAAUAAUGCACUCUGGCAUCACCCUCGAGCAGUACUAUAAUUCGCAGGAAGGCCGGAGUUCCCUUCACUUUGCUGCUCGUUUUCCCAAGAAUGAAUUGAAGUACAAUCGACAGUUAUCCCGUUUAAUCUGUUCCAAGUGCUUUCCUUGUGAAGACGAGCUGUUGACGCACUUUGCUGUCGAACUUCUCUCGACUCAGUUACUUAUUCCGCUUGCCUCUUUUGUGACGGACCCGGUUACCCUGUUUCAGCAAAUCCUGGUCCUUCUAAGCGGAGUUCCGCCUCUUUCCGAGCAUGCCAAGGCUUUUACCGUUGAGGCAGGGCUUCCAUAUACCCCUCGACGCGAGGGGGAGGCAGUGGAGCAAAGAGGAGCUGACUUAUGCUUACUGCACCGUCAGUCUCUCAGGAAAGGGAAGUUUAGGCACGAGUCGAAAUUAUCUACGUUGAAGCUUCCGACGUGGAAACAAAUUUUGUUUGAGGAAAAGUUUUUGUUUCGAGUGGACAAUAUACUCGAGUCGGUGCUGAACAUCGAAGUCUAUGAGUGGACCAUUUACCAAAAAGCACUCGUCAUUGGAUCUGUUGUCCUUGUAAUGGACCACUUGAACACUGACAGCGUGGAGUGGGACGAAAGGAGCGAAGAGAAAAUUCACACUGUUAUACCCCCUCUAUUGGCGGCCUGCAGCGGCGAAAACUCCGAUGUUUACCUCAAAAUAAAACUCCGCGUUCAGAACAACACCCGCCGCUCCCAACCAUUGCACUGCAAAUGGAACAGAGACAGGCCCGCGCGUUUGCCACUUCAACUCAUACUUGACAAGUCCUUUCUAGUCAGCCCGUCCUUCAUGCACUGCCAAUAUUUUUACGCUAGCACAGCAGGAUUGUCUUACUUUAGGACCUUUUUGGCUUCCAUUAAAAAAACUAACUAUCUGGAACUCUGGAGAAGUAUUCUCCACUUCCAAAAUCGGCAGAUCUCCCGCGUGGAUAUAUCCAUCCUUUACAGGGAAGCCUUUCAGAUAUACACCGAGUAUUUGUGUCCAUGUGCGCCAUGUCCAGUGAGUCUCCCACGGGAUUUGCUGUGUACCAUUGAAGAACGUUUGUAUGCUCUUCCUGCAGAUUGGAAGGCUCAGGGAAUAUUCGACGUUGCUGAAAAAUAUGUUCUGGCAGAAAUGGAAGGCACCUUUCUUCCUUUGUUUUACGACAGCAACUACUACCGCACGUGGUCAGCCACCGAAAAUAGCCAGCAGACUACUUAUGAAGACCAUAACGGCAGCGCUAAUAUCUGGAGUAACACUGGGAACCCCUGUAACCGCGAUAACAUUAACGACCACGAUACCACGAGGAGCAAAGAAAUCAUGGAUAGCAAAGCAGCCAAGAACGGUGAAAGCGGCGCAGCAGCAGUAGUCAAGAAGACUGCCGACACGAUAAAUAAAAGCUCUUUACCAUGGUCGCCUUUACUAUUAGCUCCUUCAGGAAAGUCUGCGGUCUUGACACCCGACCCGGUGGGCGCGGCUGUCGCGCUCUUAAAGGAACAAGAGCUUCAUUUACUUGAGCAUCUUGACCCCGAAGUCACGAGGGGAUGUAAAGAGAAAAAAGUAAAAGGUUUGAAGAAAAAAUGGGCAGAUCUUCAAGCGCAACUUGCAAACUUACAAGCCAUGGGCAUUAUGGACGGCAACGAUGAGCGGCUUCUGCUCUUAAAUGCAACCAUAGUGGACUGCUUGGUUGAGGGGUUACAGAAUAAGGACUACGGAAAUGUGAUAUACAUCAUCGAGAUAAUCCCAAGAAGUGCUUGCUUUACUUCAGGUUGGGUAAUAACCAGAUCGUAUUCCAGCUUCAGGCAACUCCGGCAGGCUUUAGCAGUUCAGUUUCCAAAAGUCAAAAAAAUAGAACUGCCUCCUUGUAUUAAGCCGAAGUUUUUACUGAAACUGACCACCUUCGCUCCCGAGGAGUGGUUAGAGAAGAAGCAGAGACAUCUCCGAUGCAUGAACUCUUUUUUGCAGAUAAUUAUCAGCGAUGAGGUGUUGUUUCUUACGACAAUAUUCCAGUCUUUUAUCGGUCCCAAAACAUCGCAAGAAAAAGAAAGGCAAGUCCUGGAAAUGGAGCGAAUUAGAGAAUUCAUUUCCAACGAAGUACAACGGGUUCGAGCCACCGUGCGCUGCAGGGCAAUGGGAGAGCUGCUGCCUAUCAGCGCCGGCUCUCCAAUGGCCUUGUACGCAAUAAAAAACAAGAGCGCUCGCAAGAAUGCAUCGGGAGGGGGCAAUGGCCCCGCAGAGAAGUGCACUCCUACUGUAAAGGACAAGAAACCUUUAAAAAACGAAAGCGAACUGUUGAAAUUGGUGUUCUCUCUGCUGGCGGAGUUUUUGGAGCUCGGCAACAACAAAAGGUGGUUGCACAGAAAUUUUUGGAAUAUGCUACAAGAGGUUUUUCAGCAGACAUACGGAGUAUCGCUUAGUAAACAGCUCGCUGUAUACAUGCAGUCCACCUUCAGCGAGGAUAAUAUAGCUCUUUGGCUGGACAGUCUAUUAGAGCGUUUUUGGCCUAACGACUCCCGUUCCCCCCCUACUCCCCCUAAUGAGGACGACGCGCUUGAGCUUAAACCGCGUGUUAAGGAGGCCCUUUUCGCGGCUCUACCCGAGCUCUUAGUGAGUUUUAUGGGUUCGAAAACUUGUACAACCGGCUGCGACAUGGUUGUUGAACUGCUGCACAACCAAAAGAUCAAUAAACAUUUGUACUAUGUUUGUCUUGAUGCUUUGGUGCGACUUUUGUUACUGGAAGACGAUGAAGAAGAAAGAGUAGAAGUUUAGAUGUCAUACAAUAAUAUUAGUCCAUUUAUUAUGUGAGACGUCUUUAGUUUGAUAUUGUGAAUAUAAACCAUAGCAAGG